UCAAGUCUUCUUGACGCGUCGGAAAAUGAGACUUUGCAUGCGCUUGUGGGUCGUGGCUGUCUUGCACUGGCCGUAGCAGUUGUGCGAUUAUAUACAGUGAAAGAUGUACAUCAGUGGGUAUACAAGUGCUUUGGUGUGGCCUGUUUUAUACGGGAUAAAAAUGUGCGCGCUUUUUUUAUUCGAGUGUUUGAUAUCAUUGUAAAAAUGGAGUAUACCCGUCCGCUCGCUCAGUUUCACGUCAUCCAGUCUGAUGCUGGUCCGAUGGGAAUUUCGUUCGCCUCAGCAGAUGAGGCACUGGCGUUCAGUAAUCUGGUCAUUCAGCGACUGCAACAACGUGCCGCAAGCCAAAAACAGGCCGGACCGGGUUAUAUCACGGCCGGUCCACAGAACACAGGCGUUUCCUUUAUUCAAGCGGGGAUAAGUGAACCAAAUCGACCUGUCAUUCCCGAAUACCGAUCGAUUACUGUCAAGAACAAAAAGACUUCGAAAGGAAAGAAGGUUUGUCCUCGGUUUCGUUUUGUUUUGAAUCUGACUAAUAGUACUAAUGAAUCACCGUACUAA